GAAGAACAAAUAAAUCACCAUGGGACGAAACUUGUUAAUGAGUAGCCUUGAGAAUGCAUCAUUUAAUAUUAUAUUUCAAAUUCUAUUUAGAUGUGUAACAUUUGUGAUAAAUGCAUGGGUCAUUAGGAAUGUUGGACAUGAAGUUCUUGGUAUUAUGAAUGUAAGGCUAUUGCUCUUGGAGAGUACAAUACUAUUUCUCAGUCGGGAACCAUUCAAUAGAGCAUGCCUUGGACAAAAAGACGAGUUUAGCUGGAGGCAACUUAUCAACCAGAUUUGGCUUUCUGUACCUGUAAGUUGUGUUCUGUCUAUUGUUUUUGUAUAUAUUUGGCUGAACUGGUUACCACUGGGCCACCCAGAACAUGCCUUCCAAUAUACAUUUGGUUGUUGGAGUGUGGCCUUAUCAUGUGUGUUAGAGUUGUGUUCUGCUAAUGUUGCUUUGGUGGCACAACUUUUCUGUUUCAUCAAAUUAAAAGUUGCUCUUGAUACUCUGCAUAUCUUUGUGAGAACUUUAUUAUUCUUGUCCAUUGUUAUAUAUGACAGGUCCCUUGCUCUAAUUGCAUUUUCAGUGGCACAAGUAGGCAGCAUAGGAGCUAUAGUAGUUAGUUACUACAUAUUCUUUUAUUGGUACAUCAAAAAUAAGCCACUGUAUGGAAAAGGAGCUUUAAAAAGUAAAGUAGUACCUGAAGCAGUUUUGCACAGGCUCUAUGAUAAUAUGGAUGAUUUUCAAUUUACAUCAAUAUUAGACUUCUUGCCAAAGUAUAGUGGAUCAGUAAAUGCAAUGUUUAGUAAAAAGUUAAGUACACUGACACUUAGUUUUGCUAAGCAGGGUGUUGUUAAACAACUGUUGACAGAAGGAGAGAAAUAUGUGAUGUCAGUGAGUCCUGUAAUGAGCUUUAGUGAGCAGGCCACUUAUGAUGUAGUUAACAACUUGGGUAGUCUGGCAGCAAGAUUUGUUUUCAGACCUAUUGAAGACAGCAGCUACUUUUAUUUCACCCAAAUGGUAAGCAGAGAGCUGCCUCUUCACAAGCAAGAUCAAAAUAAAAUUCAAGAAUCAUGCACAGUAUUGUCACAAGUAUGCAAAACUGUCAGUUCUAUUGGUUUAAUAGUCUUAGUAUUUGGACAAAGUUAUGCUAGAACACUACUGUUGUUGUAUGGUGGGGAGUCAUUUGUUGCAAGUGGUUUGCCAGUUCAGUUACUUAGAAGUCAUUGCUUGGCUAUAGUUUUGUUAGCAGUAAAUGGAGUUACUGAAUGUUAUGCAUUUGCUACAAUGACAAGCACACAGUUGAACAGUUAUAAUUAUUUAAUGGUACUAUUUUCGAUAAGUUUUCUUUUAUUGUCAUAUGUUUUAACUUAUGUCUUCGGACCAGUAGGUUUUAUUAUAUCAAAUUGUAUUAAUAUGUUUGCUAGGAUAGUUCAUAGUGUUCACUUUAUCAGUAACAAAUAUAAAGGUACAGAUUAUAAGCCAUUAGAAGGUCUCUAUGUUGGUAAAUUCUUUUUGUUGACUUUAUUCAUAGCAGGCUGUGUUUGUAAAUUGUCAGAAAAUAAAAUAUCUCGAGAUUCUAUAAUCCUACACAUAUCUAUUGGAGCUGUAUCAUUACUUUUUGUUCUACUUGCGUGGGCAUAUGAAAAUAGAGACCUAGUUAUUAGAGUGUAUAAGAAGUUUUGGAAAAAAGAAGACAAAGUUUCUCUUGAUUAGCAUUCAAUUACUGUUAAGUUAUAAUGAGUAUUCAUUACCAAGUGUUAAAUGUAACAUAAAUAAUAUUUACGAAAUAAUUAUAGACAUGUUAUAAUAUAA